CCGGGCCGUGGCGCAGUGCUUGUCGGGAAGGCGGCGGGCGGGUCGGGCCUCGGGCGGGCAGCGGCGGGCGUCAUGGUUGGCGGCGAGGCGGCCGCUGCCGUGGAGGAGCUGGUUUCUGGGGUGCGGCAGGCGGCCGACUUCGCCGAGCAGUUCCGCUCCUACUCAGAGAGCGAGAAGCAAUGGAAGGCCCGCAUGGAAUUCAUCCUGCGCCAUCUGCCCGACUACCGCGACCCGCCCGACGGCGGCGGCCGCCUGGACCAGUUGCUGUCCCUGUCCAUGGUCUGGGCCAACCACCUCUUCCUGGGCUGCAGUUACAAUAAAGAUCUUCUAGACAAGGUGAUGGAGAUGGCUGAUGGGAUUGAAGUGGAAGAUCUGCCACAAUUUACAACCAGAAGUGAAUUAAUGAAAAAGCAUCAAAGCUAAGGCAGAAGAUUUAUCACCUUCCCCUCACCGGCGGCAGGCAGAAAGAGGACGCUGGGUGACAGCAUGGCAGCUCUCAAGAUUCCUGCCAUUGCCAACGUAGAAGUUGGAAUGACAAGGAAUCAGUCUACAUGGGCCUUUAAAAGUCUGCAUUCCUCCCGUAGCUAUUGCUGCAAAAGUAUGCAUGGAUAUUUAUGUAUUUAUAAAUUGUCUAUUUCAUCAUUGUACAAGCAGACUUCGUUUAAAAUGCCCCCUUUUUUGAAGUUGAUGUAAUAGUUUGGAUUUUUCAACAAUGUACCUUAUGUGAUUGUUUUUUGGACCGUUUUGUUCCCUACUGAGACAAACCAGAUCCGUUGUACCGUGCCCCUACUGUAUGGCUAUACAUACUUAUCUUCUUGUAAGAAAUUAUAGAGUCAGUCAUAGGCCAGAGAGGCCAUGAGCUAGCUCAUCGGAAGAUGCAGCCUACAGAAAAGAAUUUGCCUUAUUUUAAAAUUCAUCGGGGAAUGGGGAUGUAAGCUUAGUGGCAGAUCACUUGCCAGGGAUGCUCAGGGCCCUGGGUUCUGUUCCCAGGACUGUAAAUGAAGUUCAUUGAUGGGAAAUUCAUUCGGCUGGUCUUCCAGGCAGCUCAGUAAACCCCAUGUUGUCCUUGUCUCUGGAUCUUCCAGAUUUGAGAAAAUGUCUUGCAUGUAUUCUCUCAAGAAAUACUGAGAAUUUGGUAUUUUAAUAUUCCUCUGUUAAUGUAUGUGUUCUGUGCUGCCUUAGUGUCCUUUUGUUUAGUCUCACCAUUAAGUCUAUACGUUUAGGUAUAGGCAACAAGAGGGGCUUCAUUACCGGAGGUAGUAUAACUACUACAACAGGACCCCUCACUGUAUGUACAGAGCUUAGUACAGGAAACUGGUAACUGAUGCCUUAGUUUAAUCUACUGGUGAAUACAGGUAAGCUAGCCACUGGAAGUGAGGAGCAGGGCUGGUGGGGAACAUGGUGUCUGAGGCAGAGAUGGGCUCGCACUCACUCACGGAGGGAAAUGAAGGCCAGGCAGCAUGCCUCAUAGGGGCUACUCUGUGCAGCCUCUAGUUCUGUUCUCCCUAGUGACCAAUAGGAGGGAUCCAGUGACGUCAGGAUCUCCGAUCUGUAACCUCAGACCUGUUUCCUAUUAGACUACCAUAGAGAGCUAUGGCAAGGGUUAAGACAGCAAAUGUUGAGGGCCAAGCAGUUCUUUGAGUGUUAGCCACAUCUUUUCCUCAAAUGCAGCCUAGUUUUUUUCCACUAUGUUUGCAAAUUCAUGAGGCUUAAAAUUUCAUUACAAAAUGGAAAAAAAAAACCCCAUCAAUGUCCAAUUCACCUUUGUCUCAUGGAUUUCCUGUAUGAUCAAAACCCCAAUAAAGUAUCCUUUCCAUUGUA